CAACCACAACUCCAGCUCCCAAACAACCAAACCAAACCAACCAACCCAAUACCAAAUCCACAAACAACAACCGCAACCAUGCUCUCCAGCAUCCUGCCCUUCUCUCCCGACCUCGCCGACCGCGCAAGCCAAUACUGCGAAUCCCACUCCGACAUCCCCCCCGACACCCUCCUCGCACACUGGGUCCAAACGACCCAGAAAUUCGGCGAUGCGGAUAAAAUGUCCUCGAAGCUGCAAGGACAAUGGAUGAUUUGGUUAGCUGAGGAUCGGAAGCCGAAGAGGGUGCUGGAGAUAGGCACCUACAGCGGCUUCUCCGCUCUAGCCUGGUACUUGGGAACCCAGAAGACGAAGGCCGAGAUCGUGACACUUGAGAUAAAUUCCGAGAUGAUCAAGGCUGCUAAGGCUGCUUUUGAGCGGUUCAAGGCGACGGAUCGGAUUCGCUUGGUGGAGGGGCCGGCGGGGGAGUCGAUUGAGAAUCUGACCGGCGAAUUCGACCUCAUUUUCGUAGACGCCAACAAAGACGGCUACGAAGACUAUGUGAAGCAAAUUCUGGAUAAGAGGUUGCUUUCGAAGGAUGGGGUUAUUUUGGCGGAUAAUGUGUUUGCAAGGGGCCUCACCCUGGGGCAAGAAUUCGCCCCUCAUCUUUCGAAUGCGGUUCGGCCGUAUUGGACUGCGAAUGGGGUGGCGUUGGAUCACUUCACGAAGUUUUUGUUGGAGGAUGAGAGGGUCUCGACGGUUUUGUUGCCGUUGUUUGAUGGGGUUAGUUUUGUGAAGUGGAGGGAUUAAGUUAUUUCUUUUUUUCUUGAUGGUAGGGGAUGGGG